UCUCUUCCAAAAAAAAAAAAAGAGAUUUUAUUUAUAAAAGAUAUACUACUACUACCAAACACUUUUAAAUAAGUUCGUCGCAAUUCACAUUAGCUGAUUAAGAGAGAGAUAUAACAACAAGAAGAAUCUUUAGACAGAGAGAGAGAGAGAGUCAGAGGAGAAAAGAAAGAGAGAAAGAUGGGUGUGGUCGAGGAAGCUCACAACGUGAAGGUGAUUGGUUCAGGAAACCAAGCUACGAUCGUGUUAGGUCACGGGUUCGGUACGGACCAGUCAGUGUGGAAACACCUGGUACCACAUCUGGUCGAUGAUUACCGCAUCGUGCUUUACGACAACAUGGGAGCUGGUACGACAAACCCUGACUACUUCGACUUCGAUCGUUACUCAACUCUCGAAGGCUUCUCCUUUGAUUUGAUUGCCAUCUUAGAAGAUCUCCAGAUUGAGUCUUGUAUCUUUGUUGGUCACUCUGUUUCCGCCAUGGUUGGUGUCUUGGCUUCUCUUAAUCGUCCUGAUCUCUUCUCCAAAAUCGUCAUGAUUUCUGCUUCUCCUAGAUACGUGAACGACGUUGAUUACCAAGGAGGAUUCGAACAAGAAGACUUAAACCAACUCUUCGAAGCGAUGGGAAGCAAUUACAAAGCUUGGUGCUCAGGUUUCGCACCACUCGCCGUCGGUGGUGACAUGGACUCGAUCGCCGUUCAAGAAUUCAGCAGAACACUCUUCAACAUGCGUCCCGACAUUGCUCUCUCCCUCGGUCAGACCAUCUUCCAAAGCGACAUGAGACAAAUCUUGCCUUUCGUCUCUGUCCCUUGUCACAUCCUCCAAAGUGUUAAGGACUUAGCCGUACCAGUCACCGUCUCGGAGUAUCUUCACGCCAAUCUUGGAUGUGAAUCCGUCGUUGAGGUCAUUCCUUCUGACGGUCAUCUUCCUCAGCUUAGCUCGCCGGAUUCUGUAAUCCCCGUCGUCCUCCGUCACAUUCGUAAUGACAUUGAUUUGUGAUUGUGAGAGAUUUAGUUAAUUUAUUAACUAACGGUGUCUAAAAAAUGAAAAUAAAUUUUCUGAUGUGAUAUGUCUGCCUGUCGAGAACAUUUGUUUAGUUGUGGUUUGGUUCUGAUUCGUUUGUCUUGAAUAUUUGAUCGUUGUUGUUCUUAUCUUUUGUUAAAGGAAAAGUCUCUCUGUCUUUUGUCCAGCUUUGCUAGAUAGACCUCAUUAUUGCUCGAUGUAAUAGUGAUGGUCCAUAGGAGCAUAGUGAAUUAUUUCGAAGUGUCGUUCUGCUAAAAAUGCGUGUAGAUGUAAUUUACUUGCAAAUAUUUUUCAGGUUUUUCGACUA